GAUCAGAUCUUUGGUUAACUCGGAAAGACAUCUCACGAUUAUAGAUUGUUACCUAACCAUGCAACAUGUGCAUGCGACGCCCAAUGAAGCCUACUACAUACGUAGAAUCUUACGACGAUGAGUUGCACAACAGUUGCCUGAGGCCAGUCGGACCAGUCGCGGUUUGACAACUUGGUUAUGGGCCGCUUUGUGUCAGUGAGGAAAGUUUGAGGUUAUGAUGUGAACUUUAUUUUUUCUUCCGGAUCAGUGCGGAGGAACUUUGUUUUAAUCUUAACAUAAUUGAAAAUAUAUAAGAAAAUUAUAGAACUAUUUUAAAACAAUGUACCCUCAAAAGGCUGUGGAUCCCAACCCAUUAAACAUCAUCCUAGUAAAAAGUGACAGCAAAGGAGAUAGACUUUUGUUUAGGUAUCCUUAUGCUGCUGACACAAGACCGGAAUCUAGACAACACAAUCGUCGCAAAAAUCCAUACGCUUUGACGAUUGCCGAGGAUUUGUUGCAGAGUCCUCCGCCACAGACAUCUAAUAUUUCCAAAGGACAUUUGACUGGCUUCACUGAUGAAGUUCUGUCGACACUAUUCGCUGUCAAGGCGGAGCUCUGCGAGCGAAAAUUCGAAUUGAAAGUGAAUGAUGUCAGAAAACGAUCUGAAAUAGGAGCCUUGAGUAUAAUAUUUGCCAAGCUGAAAGAUAUCAAUCCUCUAAAACCUCUUGCAGCUCUGAUAUAG